AUGAAGAACUUUUUAGUACGAAUCGCUUCAGAGAGAAAUGAAGAGAUAUGUAAUAAGAUUACAAAAAUAUUUAGUGACAAUUUUUUAGAACCUAAUGAUAAUUUAGAUAAUAAAAAGGAUAAAUAUAUAUUAACAGACAAUUAUGUAGAAAGAUAUAUAAUUCCAUAUUUAUAUAAACAAAAUAGUCACAAUAAUUUAUAUUCAGUAAAUUGUGAAUUAGAUAUACCAACAGAAAGUUUGUCGCCAAAUAAAAUAAAUAUACAUUUAUAUGGAUGUCAAAUAUAUUUUGAAAAUAUAGAAAAUACUUCAUAUAACCAAAUUAAAAAUGAAGAUAAUAUUUUUCCAAUAAAAACAUAUAAAAUAAAGAAUAAAAAUGUUUUAUUGAUACAUGGUUUUUUUAAUUAUAGAGAUAAUGUACAAAAUGGUAAAUGUGAAACAAAUAAAAAUAAGAAUAAUUGUGUAAAAGAUUUAUAUAAUUAUAUUAAAAAUAAUGGAAAUAUAAAAACUAAUCUUAAAGAUUGCUUAAAAAAUAUUGAAGGAAAUUUUGUUAUAAUUUAUAUUGAAUAUGAAAAAGAUAAACAAAUAAAUAUAUAUUUUUUUAAUGAUCAAUUUGGUAUGAAAUCAUUUAUUUAUUUUUAUGAACAAAAUAGUAUAAUAUUAACAAAUAUGUAUAACCCUUUUAUUCAUUAUAAAUUUAAUUAUAUCAAUGUAAAAAAAAAUGAAUAUAUAUUUAAUGAUGAGUCUAUAAAUAAAUAUGAAAAUUUAUUUGAAAGUAGUAAUAAUCUAAUAUAUGAUAAAGACAAAUAUAUAAAUUCUGAUCAUAUAAAUUAUAAAAAUAAUAUUUCGAUAAAUAACAAAAUAGGGAUUAAUAUACCCCCAUAUAAUAUAUAUAAAAUAAUUUUUAAUAAAAAUUGUGAAAUUUUAUUUGAAAAAAUAAAAAAAGAUAAUUGUAUAUAUACUGAAGAUUAUCAAUGGGAAAAUAAAGAAAUAUCAUUAAAAGAUAGUUUUGAAAUUAUAAUAAAUUUUUUAAAAAAAAAUAUAUUUCUUUUUUCUGACAUAAAUUAUGAACUAGAUAUAGAUCAAUUAAAUAUUAUCAUUAAAACGUUGUGUAACCAAAUAAAAGACAAUCCAAAAGAUAAAGAAAAUUUUCAAAAUAUAUUAUCAGAAAUAAAAUUAAAUAACAUUUUUAUUAACUUAUAUUUAAAAUUAUUAAAUUAUGUUAUUAAAAAAAAAAUACAAAAUUUUUUUAACUCGAAUAAUUCUCAAAAAAGACAAAAUGAAAUAAACUUUUGUACAUAUCAAAAUAAUACACAAUCUUCUUUUACAACCAAAUCAAUUACAAUUUUAUUUUCGGGAAGUGUUGAUUCUAUGUUAUUAUCUAUAAUUACUAUACACAAUUUUUUUAGUAUAUAUGAAAAUGGGUAUAUAGAACUAAUUAAUGUAUGUUUUGAUGAAAAUGCUAUAGAUAGAUAUACAUGUUUAGUUUCUUAUGAACAAAUAAAUAAAAUGUUUCCAAAAUAUGAUAUUAGAUUAUUAUUAAUAGAUGUAAAACCUCAAGAUCUUAUUAAAUAUGAAAAAAUUAUUUAUUUUGUUAUGUCUCCGAAUAGUUCUAUAAUGGAUUAUAAUAUAUCAUCUGCAUUAUUUUUUGCAAAUUUUAAAAAAGGGUAUAUUUUAUCUCCUACUUUUUUUAGUACACCUGAUUGGAAAUGUAUAAAAAAAAAAGUUUUGCCUUUUAUUAACAUAAAUAUGCAAAAAAACGAAUUACCAAAAUUAAAAACACAAAAAGAAAAUCAAUCAAAAAAUAAAUGUUCUGUUUGCGAAUUUAAAAUGAAUCCUAAUUGUGUCCAUAAAGCAUGUUCAUUAUGUUGUAGAAAAUUAAGAUAUAUAUAUUAUAAUAGGUUUUUUUUAAAAAAAAAUAAAAAUGAUGAAGAAAUUACCAAAACUGAGAUUGCACAAUCUGCUUGCCCUUCUACAACCGUCAAAAAGGAGGGAAAAGAAGAGGAGAAAGCGGAGGAGAAAGCGGAGGAAAAAGGAAAAGAAGAGGAAAAGCAUAGCGGGCUGUAUCAAGUUCACGUGGAUUCUGAAACGGGAAAAGAUGUUAUUUAUUUGUUUGUCAAAAAAAAAAAAGUGUUAAUAAAUUUUGACAUAUAUUAUAACUGCAUUGCGCAUAAAGAAAGGCUAUAUAAUUAUCAAGAGAUAGAUAAUCUGUUUACUAAUUUUAAUAAAGAGUUGAGCAAAUUUAACAGAUCGAAGGAAAAUUGUGAGAAUGGUCAGGAGAAUGGUCAGGAAAAUGGUCAGAAUGGUCAGAAUGGUCAGGAAAAUCGCUCGCAUAACAAUUUCGUAGACAAUUUUGUGAACAAUUUUAUACAGAUCGAAAAGGCAAAUUUAAAUUCGAACGGUACAAAUAGUGAAGAGCAAAUAAGGAACUUGCUGUGUAAAAAAAAAAAAACAGAAAAAAAAAAUAAAAAUUUUUUCCUAAAUAGCGAUAUAAAAGAGGAAGAAGAAAGUUUGAACCACUUGAGCAAAGAGUUGUAUAGAAGAUGUAAUGGGGUGGGUUUAUCAAAAAGCGAAGAAGAAAAAGAAAGAAGAUGUUAUUGCAAAGAUAGAAUGAUUAUAAUUGGAAGUGGAGCCGAUGAAUUAUAUGGUGGGUACUAUAGACAAAAUAAUAAAAUUCAAGAAAAUGGAAAUUUAAAAAAGAAUAAUUAUAAAUUAAAAGAAAUGAUAAAGGAUAUAAAAAGAUUAUGGAUUAGAAAUUUAUAUAGAGACGAUAGAAUAAUUACAUAUGCAAAUAAAUGUGAACAAUAUGUUUUUUAUCCAUAUUUAGAUAUAAAUUUAAUAAAUUUUUUAUUUUCUAUUCCAUUUCAAAUUGUUGAAAAACCAAUAAAUAUUAUAAACUUGUGCGAAAAUGAAAAUGAAGAUGAAAAUAACAAUUUAAUUUGUUCUCAAAUUAAUGAACAUAUUACAAAUAGUGAUAAAAAUAAUGUUGAAAUAAAAUUUAAUUAUUUAAUAAACAAUUUAGAUGAACAUUAUAAAUUAUAUACAUCUAUAAAUGAUUAUAAAAUUUGUAAGUGGAUCUUAAGAAUGUCUCUAUAUUUUUUAAAAUUAAAAAAUGUUAUGUUUUUUAAAAAAAAAGCUAUUCAAUUUGGGUCAAAAGCAAAACACAUUUCAAAAUAUAUGGAAGAUUUUAUUUCAUCAUGCACUUAUGAAAAUAAAGAAGAAAAAAAAGAGGAAAAAAAAGAGGAAAAAAAAGAGGAAAAAAAAGAGGAAAAAAAAGAGGAAAAAAAAAAAGAAAAAAAAAAAGGAGAUGAUCAAUAUACAUUAAGUUGUAUUCAAAAUGUGUCAGUACAAAGUUAA